AUGGUUGGAAGAGCAGAAAGGCUGACUUCAGCUCAGAUUGCGGGAAAUCCUUCUAGCCAUCCAGGCUGCCCAGCGCAACAGAGGUAUGGUGUCCUAAUGAGUGAGCUCUCCAGCCUAAAAGGGAUUUCUCCACCAAGUGGGAGUGUGAACCUGCAUCAGUCUCUCCGGCCGCCGGGCUCCACCGCUUCCCUGCUGUCCACUUCAGCUUCCUGCCGCCCUCCUGUCUUCUGCGUGCCCGGUCCGACCCCCAGCGGCACUAGCGUGGUCUCCUCAAGGCGCUCUCCCAGCAGAGCAGUGGCCGCCGGGGCGGCGAGAUCUACGGUCUGGCAGAGGAAGAACGCCAGCUGCGGAACGACGAGCGCAGGCCGCACGACCCCAGCCGGCACGGGGGUGGGGGGUGCGGGGAUGUGGCGAUUCUACACGGAGGAUUCACCGGGGCUCAAAGUUGGCCCGGUUCCAGUAUUGGUUAUGAGUCUUCUGUUCGUCGCUUCUGUAUUUAUGUUGCACAUUUGGGGCAAGUACACUCGUUCAUAGAUUCAGCUGCAUCCAUCCAUCCGUCAUCUGAAGAGGAAAGGAAAA